CUCAGGAGCCCAAAGUCACUAGUUCUAAAAACGGAAAUUUGUGAUGAAGCUGCAAAACCCAUAAUAAUAUUAGGAAGAAUCCAGAAAACUGAACCUGAGGAUCCUGAGUUCGAAGACGCCUGUAAAACGGGGAACAUGUUAAAAAGGCAUAGGAUCAAGAGGGAAAAGAAAGAUUUCAGGCAAAUGACAGUGAAGGACUGUCGCCUGCCUGAGAACCUCAAAGAGGAGCAUGAGGACAUCAAGGAGGAGCCAGACCCAAAGUGUCGGAGUUCGAGGGGAAGGUACAGCCUCAGUGCAGCCGGUCUGGGGAGGAAUCCGAAGGGGCAGCCUGGGCAGAAACCGUUCACGUGCAGCGUGUGCGGGAAGGGCUUCAGUCAGAGCGCCAACCUGGUGGUACACCAGCGGAUCCACACUGGAGAGAAGCCCUUCGAAUGUCAGGAGUGUGGCAAGGCUUUCAUCCAGAGCGCCAACCUCGUGGUGCACCAGAGAAUCCACACCGGCCAGAAGCCUUACGUUUGUUCCAAAUGUGGGAAAGCGUUCACGCAGAGCUCCAACCUGACUGUGCAUCAGAAAAUCCACUCCUUGGAGAAGACCUUUAAGUGCAGCGAGUGUGAGAAAGCCUUCAGUUACAGCUCCCAGCUCGCCCGGCACCAGAAGGUCCACAUUACCGAGAAGUGCUACGAAUGUAAUGAGUGCGGGAAGACGUUCACUCGGAGCUCCAACCUCAUCGUCCACCAGCGGAUCCACACUGGGGAGAAGCCCUUUGCCUGUCACGACUGUGGCAAAGCCUUCACCCAGAGCGCGAACCUUAUCGUGCACCAGCGAAGCCAUACCGGUGAGAAGCCAUAUGAGUGCAAAGAGUGCGGGAAAGCCUUCAGCUGCUUCUCACACCUGAUCGUGCACCAGAGGAUCCACACGGCCGAGAAGCCCUACGACUGCAGUGAGUGUGGGAAGGCGUUCAGCCAGCUCUCUUGCCUUAUCGUCCACCAGAGGAUUCACAGUGGAGACCUGCCUUACGUGUGCAACGAGUGCGGGAAGGCCUUCACGUGCAGCUCGUACCUGCUCAUUCACCAGAGGAUCCACAACGGGGAGAAACCUUACACGUGCAGUGAGUGCGGCAAGGCCUUCCGGCAGAGGUCGAGCCUCACCGUGCACCAGAGAACCCACACUGGGGAGAAGCCCUAUGAGUGUGCCAGGUGCGGGGCGGCUUUCAUCUCGAACUCACACCUCAUGCGGCAUCACAGAACCCAUCUUGUCGAGUAG